CUUAUGUGGCAAUUACAUGACGAAACCCAGUGGCGAAGAUUACGCAUCAUAGAUUCCAGAACCUUCUAGGCCAUUCCAUCUGACAGUUUUCUCCUCGACGCGUUAUGACUUGGGAAUGUAAACUUCUCCAGAAAGUCAACAACUUGCCACAUCACCAUUUUAAGCCGCAAUUAAUAAAUGAGACAACUUCGCAAUGCCCUCAACCAGACGCGACGGCCUGUCGCGCGACCAAUUGCUGGCGGAUCUGAAAGCGUACACGGCCAUCACAGAUGAACGACUGGACGAACUCAAGCACUUCCUCAUCACGGCCUACUAUCUCAGCCAGCAUGGCCAGGACGCCCGCAUUGUAGCGCGCGGGCAGAAAUAUCACCGGCCAGGUGGAUCGGCAUAUGCCUUGAAAGACGUACCCGCACAAGAUGUCGUCAGCGGCGUGCGAGCCUAUAUCCACGCAACUCAUUGCGGGUGGAGCCAACGGCCCGCUGACAUCUGCGACAAGGUCUUUGCGAACGUAACUUCAAAGCUGAAGGACUUCAAGACCUGGGAGGCUGUAAAAAUGGAACGCCCCAACCCAAAAGCCACCCCAGCAACCAUAUUCUCGGAAUCCAGGGCCCAACUACCCGAGUCGAUAAAGUCGAACGCUGGAUUGUUUGCCGACCUCGCGUUCGCAGCAGGAUUUGACAUGGACAAACUUAUCUACCUCAAGGGCAUCAUAGCAUGGUGGGAUUCCACGGCCGGCGGCAAAAGCGGCAUGUGGUGCCCCGGGAAGGGUGAAGUGAAGGGUGGUCGUCUGGGGCGGGACCACCUGCACACAAUCGAGGACGUGCCAAAUUGCUACGUUCGCGACUGUAUCAUGGACUACAUCAACACUGAGCUGGAAAGGGGCAGCAACGUGAAAAAGGCCGAUGUUCGGCGAGCCGUCUUUUCAGACCUGACCAACGCGGAAAUCAAGCAAUAUUCCAAACUAGUCUCCCAGAGAAUGGACGCGAUCCGCCGCGGAGAUUUGUCGCCGGACGAUGAAGAACCGCAGCCAGCCGAGCCAGAGCCAAAGAACCCCCUUCACGAAGCCCUUCACCAGUACUAUGACCUCAGAAUCAGGCUCGGAGAGCUGAAGGGCAAGGAGCAGCAGGACGAUGCCCUGGCCGCAGUCGAGGACACAGUGGACCUGAAGCCUUACGCAGAGGGUACGAACUUCCGUCGCGACCGCGACUGGGACGAGAUAGAUGUUCUCUCGCGAUCCGUCGUGAGACCGGGCGCCAAGACGCCGCUGCCGGCCGAGAGCGCCGCACUCGAAGGCGUGCUCCAGCGCAAGCCGGCAAUCCGGCACGACGUUGACCAGGUACGCGCCAUGAUCAAGCGCUUCGUACUUGGGGGCGAGUGGACGCUCGACCAGUUUCGCAUUGCGCUAGGCCCAGCGGGUCCGACGCGCCAGCACCUGAGCAAAUUCCUUGGCCACAAGAGCGCUACUCGGCACAGCAAGACGUUCAAUCUCUCUUGGGAAUUCUUCCACCGCAGAGAGCUUUUAGGCCUCCCGCUGGUCGGAGCGAGCCCUGACAGAGAUGCAAUUACCCUUAUUUCCUCUAGAACCAGGGCUAGGGGAGCUAAGCGCCGCAGUGGCACGCUACACGGUGUCGGCCGUGCCGCCCCUGUGCGACAGGCAAAGCGGCCGCGAGUAUAAUUGCAUGGUAUUGAUCCUCGGUAGUUGGGGGUGGGGUUGGCGAUGUGCUCCGUGUUCGACAUGUUGUUUAUGGCGGUAUGGUUCAGACUGCAGGAAAUAAGAAGGGGGAGAGAGAUUGUGAAGGACGAUGAGCGCAAGCUCAAGAACUGAAAUUAAUUAGCUCGAUUGACAUUUUUCUUGUAGAGCCAGAACAAGGCUUUAGCGAAACCCUGUUCUUUGCCAUAUCGCUAUAAUACAGUUAGUUUGCUUCUCAA